UCCACAUUGCUGAGGGAAUAAUCAGCAUGUGAAUGGGGAAUUUAGUUAGACAGGUGGCGGGGAGAGGUAUAAGUAGGAGGGGAGGAGAGAGAGUGAGAUAGCUGAAUUUUGAUAGAGAAUUGGGAGAGUUAGGGCCUCUCGAAUGCCCUGUUUCAUUCUUGUUUUUCUGCUGUAAGGAAUUGGAAACUACUGAUAUUGGAUUGUUAUUGGAAUUCAAUUGGGGUUUCUAUCAAUUUGGUAUCAAAGCCAUUCCGAACCUGAUGGUGAACUUGACGGAGAGAGUUGGUGAGUUGGAGUCGAAGAUGGACGGCGUACAAAGGGGAGUUGAAGACAUUAGAGGGAAUGUCCAGGCAGUGGAACGCAAUGUAGCGGUGAUGCUUGAACAGUUCGCCUUCAUGCGAAUGAAGUGGGACGAGCUGGAGCGGGAGAGGAAGAACAAGUCCAAGGAACGAGAAGGACCUUCGGAAUUCACUAUGGAUUCCGAAGUAACCCCUGGGGUUGUGGGGGGUUGCGACUCAAAGGGGGGUAUCGGGGGCGGGUACCAGUCGGACUUACGUGGAAAACGAUUGGAGAUGCCCAUUUUCGAAGGAGAAAAUCCGAAUGAGUGGAUUUUUCGAGCCGAGAGGUAUUUUGCUGUCAACCAACUAACGGAUGAGGAGAAGAUAGAAUCCGCAACCCUGUGUUUCAAAGCAGCGGCGCUGUCUUGGUUUCAAUGGGAGACAAGGCAAAGAGGAAUUCGGAGUUGGGAAGGCUUGAAGCAAGGAAUUCUGGGCCGGUUUCGCCCCACUCAGGAGGGGUUGCUAGAGGAGCGUUUCUUGGCUCUUCGGCAGGAGGGAUCAGUGAAGGAGUAUCGCUUGAAGUUUGAGACCAUGGCCGCGGCAGUGCCUGAUGUUCCUGAGGCGUUUUUGGAAGGCCAAUUCCUCAACGGCCUCAACCCAGAGAUAAGGGCUGAGAUCAGGGUGUUACAACCACGGGGGCUCGAUCGAAUUAUGGUGGUGGCCCAAAACAUUGAGGACAAGAACGUAGCUCUUCAGAAUUGCCAUCGGGCAACCAGACCAACCAAGAGCGGUUAUUCCAUAACACCCACGAUCGCGAGUCGGAUGUCACCAGUUCCAGCGAAGAGUUUGGGUUCCUCCCAAAAGUCCGUAAAUAUGCCAGGGCCCAGGUUUCACCCCACUGGAAAUGGUGGCAACUUCCCUUUCAAGAAGCUUAGUGAGGCUGAGUGGAAGGCAAGGCGGGAGAAGGGCCUUUGCUUCCAUUGUGAUGAGAAGUAUUUGAUUGGCCAUAGGUGCAAGAACAAGGAGCUCCAAGUGUUGAUUUAUGACGAAGAAAUGGGCGAGGCUGCAGCAGAAGAAGAAGCAGUGCAAGGGGACGAUGGCUCUAAGUGUUGAUGAUUUAUGACGAAGAAAUGGGCGAGGCUGCGGCAGAAGAAGAAGCAGUGCAAGGGGGCGAUGAAGGGUUGGGAUAUGGGGGAGAGGUGAUUGAAUUAUCCAUGAAUUCGGUUGUGGGAUUAACUACACCUCAAACGAUGAAGCUAAGGGGACUCAUAGAAGGGUAGCUGGUGAUAGUUCUGGUGGACGGCGGAGCAACUCACAACUUCAUAGCAUCCGAAUUGGUGUAACGCUUGAGUUUGUCGAGGACAGAAACGGCUGGGUAUGGGGUGAUAAUGGGAACUGGGAUGGCUAUUCAAGGAGCAGGAGUGUGCAAAGGGGUGAAAUUGACACUUGAUAACCUGCAGAUAGUGGAAGAUUUUCUUCCCCUUGAGUUAGGAAGUUUCGAUGUCAUUCUUGGCAUGAAGUGGCUAGCUUCGGUAGGGAAGAUGAGUGUGGAUUGGAGGAAUUUGACCAUGAAGUUUUCAGUGGGGGGAGUGGUCGUGACAUUGCAGGGUGAUCCUAGCUUAAGUAAGACAUUAGUUUCCCUAAAAGCUAUGAUGAAGGCAUUUAAAGAGAAUGGGGAGGGAGUGCUGCUGGAAAUUGGAGAGGUGGCUGCCGAGUACAAUGAACUGCAAGUGGGACUGCCCCGAAGUUUGAAGGAGUUCUCUCCAGCCCAGAGGGAUUGCCACCCAUCAAAAAUAAAGACCAUGCCAUCAAUCUCCUAUCCGACACUUCCUCGGUUAGUGUUUAGCCUUAUCGCUACCCGUAUCUUCAAAAAAAUGAGAUCGAAAAGAUGGUACAUGAGAUGUUGACAGUUGGUAUUAUUAAACCAAGUGUCAGUCCUUAUUCCAGCCCGAUGUUGCUCAUUAAAAAGAAGGACGGGGGAUGGAGGUUUUGUGUAGAUUACCGGGCUCUCAACAAGGUAACAGUUCCCGACAAGUUUCCUAUUCCAGUCAUCGAUGAGUUGCUGGAUGAACUACAUGGUGCGAAGGUUUUUUCGAAAUUGGAUCUCAAAUCUGGUUACCACCAGAUUCGAGUCAAGGCUGGAGACGAACCAAAAAUCGCAUUUCGAACGCACAAGGGCCACUAUGAAUUCCUCGUCAUGCCUUUCGGAUUGACGAAUGCCCCGGCCACCUUCCAAUCUUUAAUGAAAGAUGUAUUCAGGGAGUAUUUGCAUCGGUUUGUGUUGGUAUUUUUUGAUGAUAUUUUAAUUUAUAGCCAAAAUUUUGAACAACAUUUGCAAUACUUGCGUUGUGUGCUGAAGGUGCUGGCUGCAAAUCAGUUGUUUGCCAACAAGAAGAAAUGUUCCUUUGGGCAGUUGGAGGUUGAAUAUCUUGGCCAUAUCAUCUCCCAGCAAGUUGUGUCGGUUGAUCGCUGCAAGGUACAAGCCAUGUUGGACUGGCCUGCGCCCACUACCUUGAAGGAAUUGAGGGGAUUCCUAGGUCUUACGGGGUACUAUAGAAGGUUUGUUAAGGAUUAUGGCAAGUUGGCGUGGCCCCUCACCGAGAAACUAAAGAAGAACAAUUUUCUUUGGGAUGGAGAGGCUGAAUGAGCAUUCCAGUAGCUCAAAAUAGCAAUGGUGUCGCUGCCAGUUCUAACACUACCGGACUUCGAUCAGCCCUUUAUAAUUGAGUCUGAUGCUUCAGGGCAAGGGUUAGGGGCUGUGUUGAUGCAGAAUCUUAGGCCGGUUGUGUACUACAGCCAUGCUCUUAAACCAUCGGAGAGGAAAAAAUCGGUUUACGAAAGGGAGCUGGUGGCCAUUGUGUUUGCAGUCCAGAAAUGGAGACAUUAUGUAACACCCCAUGUUCGUAUGAGGUUGCCACGUAAUUUCGAUGAGUUUAGAAUACCGAAAAAUUGGCUUGAUAGUAGUUAUAAGUACCGAAUCAACUGCAGAGAAUGUCUCGAAGUGAAAUUGUCUAAAGAAAAUUAUAUGGUCUCGACGAGCGUAUCAAGAUAGGAUUUAUGGUAUCGAAAGAAAUCGAAUUCGGAACAGUUUUCGGUACAGCUAAAAUACAGCUGCCAUUUAGGCUAUAAAAUCGAAUCGUUGUAGGAGACUCCCGAAAAAUCAACGGAACCCUAGGGGGGCUCCGGUUUUGCGUAAUGAGCAACCCUUCAGUGGUUUAAGGAUGAAAUAAUAGCCCGAUGAAGACAUUGGGACAAAAUUGUUUAAAUCGAGUAACUUUAAAGUUAUUAAUUGUGGAUUUUCGGUAUUGUAAUGCAAAUUAAUUUAAGAUUUAAGGGUCUAGUUGCAAUUAGAAAAUUGCACAAGUGUAAUAGGGAUAAAAUUUGGGGUUUAAUAUAUACAUUUCUUUAAUUUAAAGUGUAAUAUAUAAUUAUUUAUACAUAUGUCUAUGUAGGCGUUGCUGUGUGCGCGUGGUGGCUGAGCAAACUUGGUGGCCAAGUUACAGAGGGGAAUGGUAGCAAUUUGAAUGUUUCUUAUGCCAAGUUUGCUGGAGUGGUGGCCAAGCUUCCUUAGCUAUAAAUAGGAAGAAGAAUUGGAAAGCAUAGCAGAAUCAAGUGAGUGAGGGAAGAGAGAUUGAGAGAGUGGCAGAGUGAAGGAGAAAGGCUGAAUUCGGCCAUAGCCGCAAGCUGGCCAAGAGUUCGUGAAGCAAAGGCCGAGCUUGAGAGAGAUUGAGAUCGCGAGAAAGCUGGGAUCAUGAUGGCUGACCGGAGAGCAUCAAGCAGCUGCCAUAGCCGCAAGUCCAAGCUUCCAGCAAGCUCGGCCAUGGCAGCCAAGCGAACAGCAUCAGCAGCGCAGAGGCACUGAAGCUUGGGCGAGCAAGAAGCAUGCAAUAACGGCCAGCGGAGGCUCGGCAGCAAGCGAGUGGCGGCUGUUCGUGGCGGCGACGGAGGCAGGCGAAGCGGUUGCUGGGCGUGCGGCCAUGGUAGCAGCCGCGCGCAGGAAGGAGAAGAAAAAAGGGAGGAAGAAGAAGAAGAGAAGGAAGAAGAAAAAAAAGGAAAGAGGGAGUUGCAGGAUGCAGGAGAGGCGAGAGGAAGAAGAAAAAUGAGAGAAAAAAAAAAGAAAAGAAAAAGGAAGAAAAUAAAGGAAAUGGAGAAAAAUAGAAAAAAAAAUAUAGAAAAAUUUUAGAAAAUAGGAAAUUAUGUUUUGAUGAUAUUUCAGAGAUUUUGGACAAGAAAAUAGUUCGGGCACGCGUUUCAAGAUCAGGGCACGCAUAUCGAGGAAACUGGAGAUGCUAAGUUAAGGAUGCUUUGAGGCUUAAGUUGAAGUGACUCGUGCAAAUAUUGAGGUUGACACGCAAAUCGAGGCGAUGCACGAAUUUCUAAAUAGCCCGAUAAGCUUGAGAAGAUAAGUGGUACUCCCCAAUUAAAUUUAGUUUUAUGAAAAAUGUUUUCAUCAUGUUGAUAUACCCUGAUAUGUAUCCAUCACGUAGACUGCAUACAUGACUAUGAAAUGCAUAAAUACACGUUGAUAUCAUCGAUCACGCGCAUUUGUGACCGUAGGGAGUACGAACUGGCACCGCUGCUUUACCAAUGGUGCACCCAUACACCUCGGCUUCGAAAGAGGGGGUCGCAAAAAUGGGAGGUAGCAUGAGGGGUGCAGUUGACACUUACGAUGAAAGACAUUGCAUACACACAUGACAUAACAUUAUGUACCCUUAGAUGAUUCAUCAUCUAACUUGGGUUUUGCCCCUAGAAUAUUCAAACGUUCCCUUGGAGAUUGUAGCAGAUACGAGAAUAGAUAAGGCAUGAAAUGGCACUUAUCAGAGUGCAUGAAGAAUGAAAUGUAUGUUACGUAGCCCUUGUAUUUAAGUACUGCUACUUUAGGUUCUGAACGUUUUGACGAAUGUUGAAGAUGUAAGAAUUUAUUUAUGAUUAAUGUUAAGAUAUCAGGUUUCGAUCUUUGCUUUCGCAUUUGAGGUAUAUAAUGAUUCUCUUUCGAGAUUAAUAGUUGGGAAUUCCGGGACGGAUUUAAGGAAUGAUGUAGUUUAGCCUUAGUGUUUGAAAGAAAAAAAUUUAUUGUCCCGGAAUUGUCCCAAUUUAUAACGCGCUCGGAAAAUCGAGGUGUUACACAUUACCUCUGGGGAAGGAAGUUCAUGGUAAGGACAGAUCAAAAAAGCUUGAAGUUUUUGUUUGAGCAACGAAUGGUGAGCCCGGAAUAUCAAAGAUGGAUGCUGAAACUGAUGGGCUUUCAUUUUGAGAUACACUACCAGCCGGGGUUGGAAAACAAGGCUGCAGAUAGCCUUUCGAGAAUUAAUCACCCAGCAGCCCUAUUCGCACUAACGGUUCCAAAGGUGGUGCAACUCGAUCAGCUGGUCCAAGGGGUGGAGAAAGAUGCUUAUUUACAGGGGAUCAUGAGAAAGUUACGGGAGGAUCCGGCUUUCAGCUCAAAUUUUCAGCUGAUGGGUGACCAGCUCCUUUACAAGGGGUGGCUGUUCCUCCCUAAGGGUUCUUCCCUAAUCCCAUUAGUGCUCCAUGAGGGUCACGAUGGCAGUGUAGGGGGUCAUUCCGGGUUCUUGAAGACAUAUAAACGAAUUGCAGCGAGUGUUUAUUGGGCUGGUAUGAAGCGGGACAUACGCCAAUAUGUAGGAAAUUGUGACGUUUGCCAGCAAAAUAAGUAUGAGUCUUUAACGUCAGGGGGUCUUUUACAGCCUCUUCUGGUUCCUGGCCAGAUUUGGGAUGAUAUAGCCAUGGAUUUUAUUGAGGGGUUACCGAGAUCGGGCCAUAUGAAUUCUUUACUUGUGGUUGUAGAUAGGCUCAGCAAAUAUGGACAUUUCAUUAGACUCAAACACCCAUUUAUAGCAGGAGUAGUAGUUGGUAUUUUCGUAAAAGAGGUAGUGCGGCUACAUGGUAUGCCUUGAACUAUUGUUUUAGAUAAAGACAAAGUGUUUAUGAGCCGUUUUUGGGAGGAGUUGUUUCGGCUUCAAGGUACUAAGCUUAAUCGUAGUACGACCUACCACCCACAAACGGAUGGGCAAACGGAGGUCCUCAACUGGACCCUAGAGACGUACUUGCGCUGUUUUGCAUCAGCAAGACCUAUGGGGUGGUAUGUGUGGCUGCCAUGGGCUGAAUUGUGGUAUAACACAUCAUACCACACUGCUUCAAAGGUUACUCCCUUCCAAGCUGUUUAUGGGAGGGAACCACCAACCUUGAUCAGGUUUGACAAGGGGUCAACCUAGGUAUCUGCAGUAGAACAACAACUGAUGGAGCGGGAUUUAGCAUUGGAAGAACUCAAGGACCAGCUGGUAAGAGCUCAAGCGAUCGUGAAGAGGGGGCUGACCGGAGACGAAGGGAUGUGCAGUUUGUGGUUGGUGACUUCGUCUAUUUGAAACUAAGGCCGUACAGAAGGAAUUCCCUAGCUGCCCGCCCUAAUGAGAAGCUAGCUCCUAAGUACUAUGGGCCGUUUGAAAUUGAGCAGAGGGUGAGACAGAUGGCUUAUAAACUUAAACUACCAGCCCACUGCCAUGUUCACCCUAUUUUCCAUGUGUCCCAGCUAAGAGAGGCCAAGGGAGAGGUGGGAGUAAGGGUGCAAAUUCCCUUCCAGCUGUAGCCUGACUUAGAAAUGAAGGUGGAACCAGAGGCGGUAUUGGGAGUUCGGCCUAGAAAGGGUUCUCACUUACGCGGGCUAGAUAUCUUGAUCCAAUGGAAAGGCUUACCACCGUUAGAGGCAACUUGGGAGCCCUACAACAUGAUUCAGCAAUGGUUUCCAGCUUUUCACCUUGAGGACAAGGUGAAAGUGCAGGAGGGGAGUAAUGAUAGGCCGCCGGUGCACCAAACCUAUCAUAGACGCAACAAGCAGCCGAAGGAGUGAA